AUGGAGGGCAUUUUUGUGGGAUGCCGUGGAGCCGGAAUUCUUAUUUUAAUAAUACAAGGGGGUAGAGUGCAAGGGCAGGGUGGCAGUGGUAGCAAUAGUAAUAUGGUGGUUAAGAAGAUGGAGAAAUUGUGUAAUCAUUGGUUACAAGGGAACUGUAAAUUUGGAGAUAAUUGUAAGUACUUACAUCAGUGGUCUACUGGGGAUUGCUUCUCUCUUUUGACUCCUCUUGAAGGCCACCAGCAGGUUGUUACCGGGAUUGCUUUGCCUAUGGGACUGGAUAAGCUUUACAUGGGGAGUCAAGAUGACUGUCAACCCGGUCAGGUUGUUGGGGUAGUGAAUGUGGGAGGUACGGCAGGCUUUAUGCUAAGUAAAGACCCAUGCGAAUGGAACAUUCAGACAUCUACAGACCUAAGUUUAAAUGGACCUGUUGGACAAGUAUAUUCCCGUGUCAUUGGCAAUGAUAUGCUUUUUGCCGGUACGCAGGACGGGACCAUAUUGGCAUGGAAAUUCAUUGUAGCCACUAAUUGUUUUGAGCCCGCUGCCUCACUUAAGGGUCACACUCUUGCUGUUGUUACCCUAGUUGUUGGAGCUAACAGAUUGUACUCUGGUUCUAUGGACCAUUCUAUAAGAGUAUGGAACCUUGAAACUUCGCAGUGUCUACAAACUUUGACAGGACAUACGGAUGUUGUGAUGUAUGUAUUGUGUUGGGACCAGUUCCUUUUGUCAUCCUCACUGGAUAAAACAAUCGAGGUUUGGGUGGCAAUUGAAAAUGGGAGCUUGGAAGCAACUUGUGCCCACAUCGAGGAACAUGUUAUGGGAGCAAAUGAAGCUAGUGCAAUCUCUAGAUCCAUUAAUUGA